GAUAAGGGCGCCCUGUCCUAAGGAACACGCCUAUGGCUCGCCAUUUGCGAAACAUUGGAUUUGUUGUAUGAAAUUAGUGCGUGUAAUUAGUGUUUUCAAAGUGUUCAGUGUUUAAAAUGGCACAAAAACGAUCAAUAUGGUUUUAUCUGGCAGUCGUUUUGGUGAUACUGAGCACUCUUGCACAAGAAGCAGAAGCCAGGAGAAAAAUCCUAAGAGGAAGGCGUGUGAUGACACGCACUUAUUACCGUGGAAAUGCAGUACCAGCUUGGGCGAUUAGUUUGAUGGCAGGCCUCGGAAUGUUGGUGGUCGGUGGUAUACUUUACGCAAUCAUGAGAAAAGUCAUCAUAUCAGCCGAGACUGGAACUAUGAAUACUUAUCAACGAGCUAUGACGAACGAUCAAGUGUAGAGAACUUAAUAUAUUUGUAUUUUGUUAAGCUUUUUUUAUGGUAAUAAUUUUCUGUAUUUUUAAUAAUAUCCACCGAAAUCGUCACAUAAAGAUAGACUGGGAGCACAGAAUUAUUUAUUUAUAGUAUGGGAAUUGGGAUGUAGUGUUACACUUGAUAUUGGUCUGAAUAAACUGAUAAACUUGAAAAUUACGCACAGACUACAAUUAAGUACAACAUUACUCCGCCCCAAUUUUGUUAUUAACAAAUAAAUAAAACAGUAUUAUAAAU